AAUCCGACCCGCCGGCCUAUAAUUGCUGAUUAGCAAUAUGCAGCAAUACGUUCCAAAGUAGCUCUUAUUCCCAAUUCAUUUGCAUUCAGCUCAGCUUUCUUUUCCUAUAUUUUUUUACGCCAAUUUCGCUCAUACCAGCGAUUCGUUUAAUGCGUCGCGGGCUGGCACUCAGGACCACUGGCGCCCUGAGGCCGACCGAGCCCGAUAUCCAAGAUGGCGGCGCUCAGAAGGUGAACAAACCGAACAAGCCUCUACGGCUUACAACGGAUUUUAACAGUAAUAACAACAUUGAAAGUGAUUGUGUCAGUGAGGUGUAGUGUGAUCCGUAUUUGGUAACAAGUCGUCCAGUGUUGAUCUUGUCAGAAAACAAUUUUUUUCUGCAGAAACACUAUAGAAGAGACGAAAUAACGCCUGCAUUACAACGAAGGCCAGCAGCAGAUGGUAAUAAUGGAUCCAGGUAGAAUUAGCCAAGAAUCCGCCCACGAGCACGGCGAAAUCGAGGACACUGAUGAGAACGAACAUGAAGAUGUAGCACAUGAGGUGUCAGCCGAGGGUGAACAGACCCUUUACGUACAAACAGUCGAAGCCGGCGAGGAAUUAGCGGAGCACGCAGGCGAUGCUAAUACCCAGAUCAUUCAUAUUAUUCAAGGCUAUGAUGAUGAUCCCGAUGAUGAGGUAGAAGUUGAAGACAGUGAGGCUACCGCUUACCUCGAGGAGGACGAAGAUUUCGACGAGGAAGAUGAAUCGAUCCGUGGCGAGACUCACUUGGUUAACGGCAAACUUCUUCACUAUAUGCCCAUUGGAAGGACACGGCAGAGUACACAUAUAUCUCCGUACGAGGCUACUGUAUCCAACGCUUCCAAGAAACACUCUUGUGGUGAAGAAAAAUGCAGCUCGGCGUAUCGAAGUAAAAAAGCACUUGUACAACACCUUAAUCUCGCGCACGCGUUGAAGCUGGUCACGUUCGAGAGAUCGUAUGCAAGUGUGGCCCACAUACUCUACGAGUUUGAGCGGAUUCAACGUUAUGCUAACUACUUGUUCGGGGCUGAUUAUAAGACGUUCAACUCAUCGACAAAACAGCUGCGCGUCAUUUACGUAUGCGCUCACGAUCGAAAGCUUCGGAAAAAUCGACAGAUUGGUCAGGUGUGCACGACAUUCAUUGAGUUUGCUGCCGAUUACAAUACAGGUCAAGGUCGUCUGUCAGGCUGUUUGCAGCACUACAAGCAUGGCGGCUACCGAGAUCUCUCCGAUUAUCAGUUUGUUCAUGCGGACGAAGUACCUGCCGAUUUUGAACUUGUCUGUCCGAUCUGCUGUGAGACGUUUGCUACCGAAGAAGAAAUGCUCCAACAUGCCUUCGAAAAGAUUCAUCACAUAGCUCCUAGGUUUAUCCGUAUGGCAAAGAAGAAGGAAGCAAAAGACGCCGGAUGGGACAGCGAGAUGACAAAUACACUGAUCCGGUGUGAUAUGUGCAGUUUUGAAACGGCAGAUAGAAGUUACUUCAUGACACAUCGGGUCAAAUCGCAUAUGGGACCUGAAUGUGUUGAGAAGCAUGUGGCGAAAAACCGAGAUGAUGCUAAUUAUAUUUUUCGACAGGCUCAGAUAGCGUUAAAUACGCGAUUCUUCCUCGCCAACAAACGUGUCAACGACUCAUCAAUUGUAUCCUAUUCGUUUCGCUGCAACUAUAAUCGCCGAUCACCAACCUCAGUGUGCGUCUGUUCGUUCAAAAUGCUCGAAUUUCCCGACGCUAACCGGUACGAAAUUGAAAUGGUGAAGGUGCAUUCGCACGACGUUUCGACAUCGUGCGAGGAGGAGCUUGAUGACUUACCCCCACCUCCGGAGCUAUUUUCGUGCCAAACAUGUGAUCGAGUUUUUCAGAAUGAGGCAAUACUUCGCGAUCACCAGAAAGCAAACAAUCACUACAAUGUCGUUGAACUGGAAGCUAAGAAAAGUCGCGAGGUAGUGAAACAGAAGCAGUUCUUCUGCUGUGUAUGUUCAGUAGGAUUUACCAAGAAGCUCUCACUGCGGCAACACCAGAAGAACUUUAAUCACAACUACACUCCAGCAAAUGUGCGUGCCCCGAUCAGUUCGCACGCCCACGUAGCCCAGGAGCAGUCCAAUAUGCCUAAGGAGGCGACAGCAGAAGGGUCAUCGACGGUUCGUGAAAAGAAGGUGAUCCAGCUUUUCCCUCAUCUGUGCUAUGACUGCGGCCAGACACUGAGCAACAAGGUUGAAUUACUCAAACAUCUGCACCUCGAGCAUAAGUACGACGUUGAUCUCUUUAGUAAAGAGUUUGCCAACAUGGAUCUCGUAUGGCGUUAUUUUUACGAGAUUCAGCUCAAUACAAAGACAAGAUAUAAACAGCAUGGAAGCCAGAAGGUUGAUGAGGACAAUUUUAAGAUUUAUUACAUUUGUAACCGCGAGGGUAAAGAUAAAACGAAAAAGGUCAACCGGAAGCGCGGCCGGCGAAAGCCUCCAAAAGAUGUAAAUAGAGCCUGUACGGCACACUUCACGAUCCGCCGGGAUAAUGGCAAGAUUAUCUGUUCCGGUUCGACCACGCAUUAUGGUCACGAUAUUGAAGAGGAGUUUCUGCUCCGCGGCAAAAUCCUGCAGAAAGCAAUGGAAAUAAUUCAAAAGGUGCCAGAUGAGGCCGCCGAAGAUAUGCACGUAUUGACAGCCGCGGAUUUUCCCUAUCACUCUGAAAAGCGUGAGAUGCAUAAAUCAUACAAGAAUCCAGAAGCUAUCCUUUGGAGUCAGCCAUUUUCGGACACGUUCACAGUUACGCCGAGUGAUGAUAACAGCUUUUACGUUGGUCCGACAGAUAAACCAGCGAGACUCGUCUCGCACAAGACGUCAGUGGAUAGCUUCUGCACAAUAUGUGCUGGAAAGCCAACACGAAUGAAUACCGGCCAAUUGUAUCAAUGUCCUCAUAUCUACCAGUGUGACUGUGAAUUUUACCAGGCAGGAUAUCAUAACUGCAAGCACAUAAAUGUGUUGGAACUGUACCUCAAUCAGGAAUCGACGCAAGGUAAUGUACUCUAUCUGACAGCACCCUGUUCCGAAAAAGACUUAGCUAUAAGAGCGCAGGCCUCGAAGCUGGCCCAGUUAAGUGAGGAUGUGGUAAAAAUUUUGGAAAAUCUCAAUGCUUCUGAAGAUUCUACGAAGCUUUUGACUUGUAAAAUGGAUGCUAUAAAGAGUUUGCUGGGAUCCCCUGACAUCUGUGAUGCCGAAACUCAGACAGAUGAAUUGUACCAGGUUACAGCAAUGCCACCGGUUAUUAUGAGGUCGGUUGUACAACAGCAUGAUGACCGAGUGGCUGUCGUUCAAGCAGUUGCAUCCGAAGAGAACAGGCCCCCUGUGGCUUGCAUGCCUGGGACUCCUCUCGUCAUUCAUCCAAUUGAACGUACUCGAACGCCUGCACCUCGAAAAGCAAUCAUUGUCAAUUCUUCUCAGUCACCCCGUCUAGUUGUCCGCAAAGACGCUCCAACUUCCAUGGCAGCCGCUUCUAAAGCCACGGGGACUUCAGUCGGAAUUCGUAACCCAACUACCGCUACCGUAGCGACACCGCCCACAAGAACCGCGGAAACAACUACUGUUGGAGUUGGAGUUAGCCAUGUCCAGGAUCGACGUGAAAUCGUACUUCAGUCCCCUGGCCGAAGAGUCCCAGGCAGCUCAACGAUGGUUCCAGUCAUGGCACUUAUGCAACUGGGGGAAACAGACAGUAACGGUACUGCUGUUAUGUCUGUUGAACAACUGGAAGGGGAGGUGGCGAAUGAUGAAACUGAGCUGCUCGAGCAGGUGGGUACUUCCCAUCAGCAAGAAAUUGACGAAGAAAACCAACUGCGGGGGUCGGAACUUCCUGGAGAACCUGUAGACGCAGAGGUGGUUGAAAGAACCGUUCGUGUAGCUGCUGAACCAGCAAUCAAAGGCGCUAUGAUAGAAAAACGUCAUACUAAAGUGGCUGUUUCAGUUGAAAAGUCUCCCUCAUCUACUACAAAUGAAUCCCCGCAGAGAACCGCAGAUUCAAAGGAAGCCCUCAUCUCGCCCUCUGUAGAGCCUCUUGAACGACCUUUGCGGAAGCGUAAAACCGUCGAGGAGACGGAUCUGACUGAUCCAAAACGCACAUCACAUCGAGCCAAAAAACCUAACAGAAAAUUCGAUCUUUGAUCACAUUUAAUUGCUUUCAGUGUAGUUGGGGGUAUGUUUAAGCUAUUGUCGCUCUAAAUUGUUGUGUAAGUUGACGGUAAACCCAAAUCCGCGCAAGUUACCAGUAAUAACGGCUGGAGCUUUAUACAUAAGGGCAGGACAAAUGGGGUUAGCUAACGCAGGAGCUAGCGUCAUAUUUUUGUGUUACUGUAUAUAAUGAUAAAUAAACCAAGAACCUAUGCUGUGUACAUUAAAAAUAUACGCGCGGAUGUAGGUUUACUCAUGUGUAAGUGAAUAAGUUCGAAUAAACGUUCAGUUUUUUUUAAUUGUUAUUGUAAACGAUUUACUCAAUUAAUUCGCUACAUUUGAAAGCAAUCGAUCUGCAACGAGUACCCAAUCGUACGAUUGUGAAUCAAGCUCAUAGCCUGUAUUUAACCUUAAUCCGCAAUAUAAUCGUUCGUGGUUUUCUGUAGGUGCGUUUGAGGCAAUGACAUAAAAUAGACACGCUCUGAACGAAUUGAUCAUUAUGUCUUUAUAUGAAACAAAUAUCCUCAAAGGUAGAUUUUGUAGGUGAAAUUGGAAAAAGUUGCUUUGAUAGCGAAUAAAAAUACACACAUACGCACACUGACACACACACACAAUGUAUGGAAAUAAACAGUG